AUGGUGACCUCAACGGAUCUUUCUGUUCUUCCUUUGGCAGGUGAAGUAUUCGAGGGAACCGGGCAACCCUACCAAAUGUAAGCCUAUCUGUUUUCUCCCUAGCGUUUCUCCAUCUUCUAUCCGUCUCUUAGGUCGAUCUGUUCGUGGUUUCAGCUGACGUACAUCUAAUCUCUUCAUUUGGAUUCCAUCUUGCUGUAGUGUAGUUUUAGGACAUUAGCAUGUCAGACGAGUUUUAGGCAGGCGGUUAGUUUGGAUCUUUCGGGCUGGUUAUGUCAUUUAUGCACUACGAAAAUUGGAAUCUUCGUUCCACUGCUACAUGUCUCUUCGCGUGAUCGUUUUUUAUUUUAUUUGAACCAGAAAAUAUUUCGUCCGUUUAGACAUUAUGCCUUCAUUCAUUCUCCUGUUUUUGGGAUUGAAUGGAAUGUAUAUCAUUGUUCUUCUACGCUCAGACUUUUUAUUGUACUUGUCUCUUGUUAUUUUACAGCGGCCAAGGCCAUGGGACAGGACCUGAGAGUUCAUUUCAAGGUUUAUUUUCUAAACCGUUCUGUGUUUUAGAUGGGUUUACUUCAUAUUUUAGUACAGCAACGUGUUCUAAAUUUAAAUAUCCAAGUAUUUUGCUAAAACAUAGUUCUGAAUUUGAUAUCCGGUAGACUUCCCUUAAUUUAUCCUUAUUCACCAGAAAUGUGCUCUUCCAUGGUGGAAAACCAUGGUAAAUUGAGAUUUCUUAUGUGUUUUAUGUAUGAUGUUUAUAUUUCUCUUCUUGCUAUUCGUGUUAGGACCGUCCACGGUGUAAUGUAUGAUCUUAAUUAAUAGUUUGAAGUUCAUAAUUUUUUUCAAAUAUCUCGUUUUUUUGUUUGUCUGUACCUGUUAUUUUUUCUUUUGAACCUGAUUGGUUUAGCCCACCAAUUAUUUUUUCCAUUGACAUUCCCCGUAAAAUGAUGUAAAUUUUUGGCUAAUGGACACGAACUAUAUCUCCUGGGUAGGAAGUUGGGAUGUAUUUCUCUUACAGCAUACUCUUUUUAGAUCUCGGAGGAAUCGAGAUGAUAUUUAUGUUGAGAAAAUUUCUGUUCAAUCGAGAUGUAUUUAUCCGUUUACCUUGCUGUUCAAUCAGUAAUACAACACGUUUCUAUCUCACCAGCCAUUCAUUUUCAAAGUUUUAAUAGCAUCUGGUCCACGUUAGUGUUUUCUCAUUCAACUAUUCUUUAUUAAACGGUGCCACGUACCAUUCUUUAUUAAUCGCUUUACAUCCUUAUAUAUUGUUUCUCGUUGGGACACUUCCAUAUGGGUUUCUUAUGAUAACUAUAAUGAUAUCUUCCACUAACAAGUUUCUUUCCAGUCAAGUUUAGUUCUAUACUAUGAGAAAUAGCAAGUAGUUGCACUUUUCCAUAGCUUUCUAAGGGUUUAGGUCUGGGUCAAUGGGUUUUACUAUUCUCUGCCCCUGGUUUCUGGAGGUCAAUUCUCAUAAUAUAAUAAUUUCUUUUUUAAUCCAUCUAUGCGACAUAAGGUGUUGCAUUGUGUGCUUGGUGGCAUCCUGACCACCCCAUGCCUCUUUUUGUCCACAGAACACCAGAGAAACCGCGCACGCCAUCAGGAAGCUGCCCCUGGGCAAGGCCAAGAGAUACCUCGAGGACGUUAUAGCCCAUAAGCAAGCGAUUCCCUUUACAAGGUUUUGUGGUGGCGUUGGGCGCACUGCUCAAGCUAAGAAUCGCCACCCGAAUGGCCAGGGCCGCUGGCCUGCAAAGUCCGCCAAGUUUAUCCUCGACCUGCUAAAGAACGCCGAAAGCAAUGCAGAGGUACACCCAUUCAGGCCAUUCUAGGUUUCUUCCACGAUAAUCCUAGAAUCGGAGUCUUACUUCCAUUUUAUCUCAUUCUUCUGUGUUUUAGGUGAAAGGGUUGGAUGUGGACACCCUCUACAUAUCGCACAUCCAGGUGAACCAGGCCCAGAAACAGAGACGCAGGACCUACCGCGCUCAUGGGCGGAUCAACCGUGAGUAAACAACAAUUUUGGAAAUGUUCUAAUGAGAACCAAUAGCUUAUCUUCGUCAUUAUAUUUAUAAAUUUAUUAAAUCUUUCGCAGCCUACAUGUCCUCUCCUUGCCAUAUUGAGUUGGUCCUCUCUGAGAAGGAGGAGGCUGUCCAGAAGGAGGUGACGAUAUUCUCUCUCAUAUUGAUCCCCUGCCCUAAACUUUUCUCAGAUAUUCGUUGUGUCCUGAUCGUGAAGCGAUUUAUUUACUGUGUUUCCUAAGUUUUGGGUCUAAUAAUAUUUGCAGCCCGAGACUCAGUUGGCGACUAGGAAGCCGAAGAAGAGCUCUGCCCUGCGCAGCGGCGCCUCGUCCUAA